AUGUCGUCGAGUGGCAUUGUCAACUACCUCCCCUCUUAUGCCUCCUACAACUGGACCGGUGCACCAGCCGACUAUUCUCUGGCCACAAAUCCGAGAUCAGGAGGAGAUUCAACGAAGGAGAAUCUGAACAAAUGGUACCAAUCGGGCGACCAAGCAUAUAUUAUUCUCUCGUCAUGUCUGGUGUUGAUCAUGGUGCCGGGCCUCGGCUUCCUCUACUCGGGCCUUGCGCGACGAAAGUCGGCCUUGUCCAUGAUGUGGGCUUGUAUGGCGGCCGGCAGCGUGAUCAACUUUCAAUGGUACUUUUGGGGGUAUUCACUGACCUUCUCCCCGAGUGGUCAAAGCGGCUUCAUUGGCGACCUGGUCCAUUUUGGGCUCAAACGGACUCUGGGAAACCCCAGUCCUGGGUCGCCUCUGAUCCCUAGUCUCCUAUACUCUUUCUACCAGAUGCAAUUCUGCGCCGUAACCGCUGCAAUCGUUGCAGGUGCCGUGGCAGAGCGUGGUCGACUGAUGCCUUUCCUCGUCUGGACCUUCCUCUGGGCCACCCUCGUGUACAACCCGAUUGCUUGCUGGGCAUGGAAUGCCAAUGGGUGGGGGUUUAAAUACGGCGUCAUGGACUACGCUGGCGGUGGGCCCGUCGAGAUCGGCUCAGGCAUGUCAGCCCUGGCCUACUCAAUGGUCCUGGGAAAGAGGCAGGAGAAGAUGAUGCUCAACUUCCGCCCCCACAACGUUUCGUUUAUCCUGCUGGGAACGAUUCUGCUCUGGUUUGGCUGGUUGGGUUUCAACGGCGGUUCCUCCUUUGGAGCAAACCUCCGGGCUGUCAUGGCUUGCUGGAACUCCAAUCUGACGGCAACCUUUGCCGCGGCCGCUUGGGUCCUGCUCGAUUUCAGGCUGGCUCGGAAGUGGUCCAUGGUCGGUUGGUGUUCUGGUACCAUCUCUGGACUUGUCGCCGCCACGCCGGCAUCUGGGUAUCUGGAGACAUGGGGCAGUGUGGUGUUGGGGAUUGUUACUGGCAUCAGCUGCAAUUUUGCCACCAAGAUCAAGUAUUGGAUCCGGAUCGACGACUCUAUGGACGUGUUCGCCGAACACGGUAUUGCUGGCAUGAUUGGUCUGAUGGCCAAUGCUCUCUUUGGCGUUGACUAUGUCGUCGGCCUCGACGGCGUCAACACGGGCGUCCCCAAUCCUACCACAGGCACGGGCAUUGGCGGAUGGCCGAUCGGCAACUACCGCCAAUUCUACAUCCAGCUCGCUUAUGUCGUGGCAUGCACUGGCUACUCCUUCACCAUGAGCACUAUCCUCGCCUACAUUGUCAACUUCAUUCCGGGCCUGCAUCUGCGUGCUUCAGAAGAGGCCGAACUGCUCGGCAUGGAUGAUGACCAACUCGGCGAGUUUGCCUAUGAUUACGUCGAGGUCCGCCGUGAUUACCUAGCCUGGACGCCCCAGAACCCGCACCAGAGCGGCGUCGACCCCGACAUGCCCCAUGAACACCGCUACGGGAUCGGUGAACACGCAGACAUGCUGCGGAAGGCCACCAACGGCAACGGCCUAGGCGAGACGAGCGCGGCCAGCUCUAGAACCCACCAGGAACUGCCCGCCCAGGGUGACCGGCAUGCCGUCAGGGCCGAGGACAUCGAGAAGACCAAACACGAUCCGGAGGCGCAGGGAACCUGA